AUGACUCAAAAUAUUGCUUGUUUAUAUAGAUUUCGUUUUAUUAUUACAGAAGUACACAGACAAUUAGAUAGUUUGCAUAAAACUCGUACAAAACCAUUACCAUCAAUUAUCUAUAGAGGCACAGCUGUAAAAGCCAUUUUACUUGAAAAUUUAAAAGAAAAUUUAAAUGGAUUAAUAUCGAUGAAUGGAUUUGUAUCAGCUAGUCUUAAUCAGCAAAUUACUAAUAUCUAUUCUGGUAAAGGUGAUCCAGUUCGUCCUGGUUAUGAACGUGUCUUAUUUAAACUACCUAUAAAUGAUAAAAUUGCAACAAGACCAUAUGCACUUAUUCGAGAGUUUAGUGAUAUACCGGAUGAAGAUGAAAUUUUAUUUUCUGCUGGUACAAUAUGGCGUAUAAAUUCAAUUAAUAAAGAUGAAGAAAUAUGGAUUAUUGAAUUAGAAUUAAUUAAAGAAGAUGAAGAUAAACGUUUAAUAGAAUUAACUAAUUAUUUAAAACAACAGUUAGGCGAAACAUCAUCAUUAUUAACAUUAGGUAGCUUUUUAACUGAGAUAGGUGAAUAUGAAGAAGCUGCGGAAUAUUAUAAUAUUUUAUUGACUGAAUUCCCGGAUAAUCAUGAAAACAUAGCAGCAUACAUUAAUCUCGGUAGUAUUCGCUAUGAACAAGGUGAAUUUAACCUAGCUCAUGGGUAUUUUAAGAGCGCAAUUGAACAUCUAAAUAAGAAAAACAAUUGGAAUAAGAAUAAGAUAAGAAAGAAAGACGAAACUGAUCAUGAAGAGCCGGAUAAUCAUAAAAACAUAGCAGCGAUUUACAAUAAUCUCGGUAAUAUUCGCUAUGAACAAGGUAAAUUUGACCUAGCUCAUGGGUAUUUUAAGAGCGUAAGUGAACAUCUAAAUAAGAAAAACAAUUGGAAUAAGAAUAAGAUAAGAAAGAAAGACGAAACUGAUCAUGAAGAGCCAGCGGUGAUGGAUUAUGAAAAAAUGGAUAUAAGCAGUCAUAUUGAUGACGAGGUGAACUACGGGGAAUUACACAGUCAAGCUGGUUGUGCAGGCCGUCUCCCUCCUCCAAAAAGUCGAUUUUCGUCAAAAAAUGAUAUACGAGCAUGUCGUCUGAGAUGUCUACUUCACAAAUAUAUAAAACUUUUAUUGAAUCUCGAAGAUUUUUAA